CAUUGGCUGCUGCGCUGUCCUGCCUGUCCUAGUGGGUCCGUGAAGGUGAACCCGGCUACUCGCUAUCUUUCUCCCUGCCUGCUCGCUGGAAGCCUCCGUCUCCCUCCUCAGCCAUGUCUGUGUUCAGCGACGUCCCGCAGGCGCCCCCGGUGGCCGUCUUCAAGCUGAGCGCCGACUUCAGGGAAGACGACCAUCCCCAGAAAGUCAAUCUGGGCGUCGGAGCCUACCGCACAGAUGAGUGCCAGCCGUGGGUGCUGCCGGUGGUCAAGAAGGUGGAGCGCCUCCUGGUGGACGACCACAGCCUCAACCACGAGUACCUGCCCAUCCUCGGACUGCCCGACUUCCGCUCGGCCGCCUCCAAGGUCGCCCUGGGAGACGACAGCCCCGCCAUCUUGGAGAAGCGGGUGGGCGGCGUCCAGGCCCUGGGCGGGACGGGCGCGCUGAGGAUCGGAGCGGAGUUCCUGCGGCGUUGGUACAACGGCGUCAACAACGUGGCCACGCCCGUCUACGUGUCUGCGCCCACCUGGGAGAACCACAACAGUGUGUUUGCCGACGCCGGGUUCAAGGACAUCCGGCCGUACCGCUACUGGGACGCCGCCAAGAGGGGGCUGGACCUCAGCGGCCUGCUGGAAGACUUGGAGGAAGCUCCAGAAGGUUCCAUCUUUGUCCUCCAUGCUUGUGCUCACAAUCCCACUGGAACAGAUCCUAGUCCUGCUGAGUGGAAGCAAGUAGCAAACAUCAUCCAGAGGAGGAAUCUCUUCACCUUCUUCGACUCCGCCUACCAGGGCUUCGCCUCAGGCUCCCUGGAAAAAGACGCCUGGGCCAUCCGCUACUUUGUGUCUGAGGGCUUUGAGCUCUUUGUGGCUCAGUCCUUCUCCAAGAACUUUGGGCUGUACAACGAGAGGGUGGGCAACCUGACAGUGGUGGCGCGCGAUGGCGACAAUCUGUCUCGCAUCCUGUCCCAGAUGGAGAAGAUCGUCAGGACCACCUGGUCCAACCCGCCCUCACAGGGGGCGCGCAUCGUCAGCAAGACCCUCAACUGCCCCGAGCUCUUCGCAGAAUGGAAGUCCAACGUGAAGACCAUGGCCGACCGGGUGCUCCUCAUGAGGGACCAGCUCAAGUCCAAGCUGCAGGCUCUCGGCACCCCGGGGACCUGGGACCACAUCACCCAGCAGAUUGGCAUGUUCAGCUUCACCGGACUCAACCCCAAUCAGGUGAGCUUCAUGAUCAAAGAGAAGCACGUCUACUUGAUGGCGAGCGGGCGCAUCAACAUGUGCGGCCUCACCUCCAAGAACAUCGACUACGUGGCACAGUCCAUCCACGACGCCGUCACCCAGGUCCAGUAGGAGGCCACGCCCCCCAGGCCCGGCCACGCCCACCGGCUAACGGGAGCUUUUCCCGGCGGCGCCUGGUGUGUGACGUCAGGCCAGUACCGUCCUCACCUCUUUGUAGCUGUCGUCAUAGCAACCACCACCACUGUACCUUGUCCAAGUGUCUGUCGCCUGCUGGACCCAAAUACUCUGAAAUAAGAUGACAUGCUGUCUCACAUCCUCACAGACACUCCGGCUGCUUUACCAAACGUUCUUUCAGGCGUUCUUCGCUCGUCUGAACUUUCUUUCGGGAGUUCUUUUCUCGUCGGAACAUUCUGUCAGGCGUUCUUUGCUUGUCCGAACAUUCUUUCAGGGGUUUUUCGCUCGUCUGAAUGUUCUUUCAAGCGUUUUUUGAUCGUCCGAACGUUCUGUCAGGCGAUCUUUGGUUCUCCGAAUAUUCUUUAAGGCGUUCUUCGCUCGUCUGAAUGUUCUGUCAAGCGUUCUUUGCUUGUCCGAACGUUCUUUCAGGCAUUCUUCGGUCGUCCAAACGUUCUUUCAGGCGUUCUUCGCUUGUCUGAACGUUCUUUCAGGCGUCCUGUGCUCGUCUGAACGUUUUUUCAGGCGUUCUUUGCUUGUCCGAACGUUCUUUCGGGCGUUCUCUGCUCGUCUGAAUGUUCUUUCAAGCAGUCUUUGCUCACCCGAAUGUUCUUUCAGGCAUUCUUCAAUCGUCUAAACGUUCUUUCAGGCGUUCUUCGCUUGUCUGAAUGUUCUUUCAGGCGUUCUUUGCUCGUCUGAACGUUCUUUCAGGCGUUCUUUGCUCGUCUGAACGUUCUUUCAGGCGUUCUUUGCUCGUCUGAACGUUCUUUCAGGCGUUCUUUGCUCGUCUGAACGUUCUUUCAGGCGUUCUUUGCUCAUCUGAAGGUUCUUUCAAGCGUUCUUCGCUCGUCCGAACGUUCUUUCAGGCAUUCUUCACUUGUCUGAAUGUCCUUUCAGGAGUUCUUCUCUCGUUUGAAUGUUCUUUCAGGCGUUCUUCACUCGUCUAAACGUUCUUUCAGGCGUUCCUCGCUCGUCUGAACGUUCUUUCUGGCGUUCUUCGCUUGUCCGAACGUUCUUUCUGGCGUUCUUCGCUUGUCCGAACGUUCUUUCUGGCAUUCUUCGCUUGUCCGAACGUUCUUUCAGGCGUUCUUUGCUUGUCCGAACAUUCUUUCAGGAGUUCUUCUCUCGUUUGAAUGUUCUUUCAGGCGUUCAUCGCUCGUCCGAACGUUCUCUCAGGCGUUCUUCGCUUGUCCGGACGUUCUCUCAGGUGUUGCUAUGCUUGUCCGGACGUUCUCUCAGGUGUUCUUCGCUUGUCUGAACGUUUUUUCAAGCAUUGUUCGCUUGUCUGAACGUUCUUUCAGACGUCCUUUGCUUGUCAGAACAUUCUUUCAGGAGUUCUUCUCUCGUUUGAAUGUUCUUUCAGGCGUUCUUCACUCGUCUAAACGUUCUUUCAGGCGUUUCUCGCUCGUCCGAACGUUCUUUCUGGCGUUCUUCGCUUGUCCGAACGUUCUUUCUGGCAUUCUUCGCUCGUCCGAACGUUCUUUCAGGCGUUCUUCGCUUGUCCGAACAUUCUUUCAGGAGUUCUUCUCUUGUUUGAAUGUUCUUUCAGGCGUUCAUCGCUCGUCUGAACGUUCUCUCAGGCGUUCUUCGCUUGUCCGGACGUUCUCUCAGGUGUUCUUUGCUUGUCCGGACGUUCUCUCAGGUGUUCUUCGCUUGUCUGAACGUUUUUUCAAGCAUUGUUCGCUUGUCUGAACAUUCUUUCAGACGUCCUUUGCUUGUCGGAACAUUCUUUCUGGAGUUCUUCUCUCGUUUGAAUGUUCUUUCAGGCGUUUUUCGCUCGUCCGAACAUUCUCUCAGGCGUUCUUCGCUUGUCAGAACGUUUUUUCAAGCAUUGUGCGCUCGUCUGAACGUUCUUUAAGGCGUUUUUUUCUCGUCUGAAGGUUCUUUCAAGCGUCCUUUGUUUUUCCGAACGUUCUUUCAGGCGUUCUUCGCUCGUCCGAACGUUCUGUCAGAGGUGUCAGCACUGCUUGAACUCUACAGUAUGUAAGAUUGCAAAUAUUAGAUGUCCACAUACUGUAACUAUAACAUAUUAAUAUUCCUUUUGCUUGUUAAAAGGACAAAUAAAACCAGAAGAGUGCAACAAAA